AUGGCCGCUUUAUCACAACCAGACGCAACUCAAACCGGAGCACUCACUUGGGUGAAAAACACAUUCAAUGAUUUUAUCAACUUAUACAAAGGCAUCCCAGAUGCAUUCUCUGCUAUCAAGACGGCUUACAAGGCCACUGAUGGUAAAGUUUGGGACGCUAUUUCUCUCAACAAAGGGCCGAUAAUUACACUUAUAGCUACAGUUGUAGUUAUUCUUAUUAUUUUGACUGCUAUCAUUCUGACCACUAUAUUCUUGGUCAAAAGACAAAGGGCUCUUAAGAAGGCUAAAGUCGCCUCCCCGGAGACAACCUCAACAGACACCCAAGUCACCAUAGUUGACAACGAGACUAAUGGCCAGCACGACACCAUAACAGUUGAACAAACAACUGCCAUUAAACAACCAACUCCUGCCAUUAGAUCUGAAGCCACUAAGAAAGCAAGUGCACCUACCACUACUGGCGCCUUUCAACAACUCUUCGGUUUAGUUGAUUCGCGCGUCGCAGAGAAAGUCAAACUAGAUUACAGUCGACCCCACUCAACUAAGCUCGAGUACAUCGGCGCAUAA